CUAAUGUUGACUGGAACUCUCAAGCCCAGAAUACACUUAAAGAAAGGUUAGGAAGACCACAGAACACAAAUGUUGCAAAAAAUAUUAUAUUCUUCUUGGGUGAUGGUAUGGGUGUUUCUACGGUAACAGGAAUCAGAAUCUAUAAGGGACAGAAGGCCGGUAACCCUGGAGAGGAAACUAUACUCAAUAUGGAUAAAUUACCAUAUACUGGACUUGCAAAGACCUACAACACAGACAGACAAGUCCCAGACUCUGCUGCCACAGCCACAGCCUUCCUCAGUGGGGUAAAGGCCAACUAUGGGACAGUAGGGGUAGACCAGACACUCCCUAGGUUCCAGUGUGAAGGACUUGAACAGGCAAAGGUUCCAUCCAUUUUUAAAUGGUCCCAAGAUGAAGGUAAAAACACUGGACUUGUGACAUCCACUCGUAUCACACAUGCUACCCCAUCAGUUGCCUAUGCCCAUGCAGGAGAUCGCUACUGGGAAAAUGAUAAAGCAGCAACAGGAUCCUGUCCUGACAUUGCGAGACAAUUGAUUGAAAAUGAAGUUGGGAAAAACUUGAAGGUUGUUUUGGGAGGGGGCAGAUCUUACUUCACACCUAAGACACUUGUAGACCCUGAAGUAAAUACAACAUUUGGAAGAAGAAGUGAUGGAAGGAACCUUAUUGAGGAAUGGAAGCAAGUCCAACAAAAUAUGAGUCGAAGGGCAGAGUAUGUGUGGAACAAAGAGCAGUUUGAAGCAGUAAAUCCACAGAAUGUUGAUUACUUAUUAGGAAUGUUUGCUCCUGUCCAUCUUGACUUUGAACUGGAUCGAGAGGAGACAAUGUCGCAACCAUCUCUCAAAGACCUCACUGCUAAAGCUUUGGACAUAUUGAAGAAAGAUAACAAAGGCUACUUCUUAAUGGUAGAAGGUGGGAGAAUAGACCAUGCUCAUCAUGACGGAAAUGCAAAGCGCUCUUUGGCUGAUGGAGCCAUCUUUGAUGAAGCAAUUGGUUAUGCAAUUGACAAUACUGACCAAUCUGACACUCUCAUCAUAGUCACUGCUGAUCACUCACAUACAUUCACCAUUGGGGGUUACCCAUCCAGAGGAAAUGAUUUAUUUGGUUUCAAUGACUACUAUCAUCCAGACAGCAAUGCUACAGAUAAUAUGCCAUACACCACCCUGGCUUAUGCAAAUGGACCUGGAUAUGUCCUGAAUCAAACAACUGGUAUGAGGCAAGACCUCACCAAUGUUGACACAUCUAACAAAGAAUUCCUCCAACAAACUGCUGUGCCCACUAAUUCAGAGUCCCAUGGGGGAGAGGAUGUUGCAGUAAUGGCCCAUGGUCCUAUGUCCCAUCUAUUCACUGGUGUUUAUGAACAGAACUAUAUAGCACAUACUAUGGCGUAUGCCUCGUGCGUAGGAGCAAAUAAGGAACACUGUAAUAGUGUACCCACAACAGAAGCCCCUUGUAAGCCUACAGGGGCAGGACAUUCCAUUAAGCCAUCGUUAAUGACAGUGCUUUCAUGCAUUCUUUCAAUUUCAUUAUCCCAGGGAACGAAGUUCAAGGGGAUAUAGAGAAGCUGUCUGUUCUUCCGCUCGUCCGUUGGUUUGUUCCUUCAUCCAGGCCAUAACUCAAAUACUGAUUUAAAUUUUAUAGGUUUAUGCCUUAUAGGUGUAGGAUAUGUGCUCGAGAAGGAAUUCUCAAUAUGACCGAUCAAUUUAAAGUGGCCACCAUUUUUCGUACAAAACGUAAUCUUUGAAAAUUCAAAUACUAGAUGACUAAUUUGGUUCAAAUUUUAAAUGCUGAUUUGUUAACUCAAAUACCAGUGGAGGGAUUAGGUU